AUGGACUGUUGUUUUGCAAAAAUUCCAACUUUUUGGCAUAUAAUCAAGAGGAAAUCGGUGGAGGAGUUCCAGCCGUAUGCUUAUAUUGCAACAUGUUUGAAUUGUAUGUUUUGGAUCCUUUAUGGUCUGCCAUUUGUUCAUCCGGACAGCAUACUGGUCAUCACCAUCAACUCUGUUGGGCUUGCAAUGGAGUUGAUAUAUCUAGCAAUAUUCUGCCUCUAUGAUCGUCAGAACAAAGCAAGGAAGAAGAUUGCAAUUGGUCUUAUAGGUGAGUUCGUUUUGGUUGCAGCCGUUGCUACCAUUAAUAUGCUGGCUUUUCACACCCAUACCAGCCGAUCAUUUUUGGUUGGAAUUAUAUGUGUUGUCUUCAACAUUAUUAUGUAUGCUUCACCUCUCACCAUUGUGCGAAAAGUUAUAAAGACCAAGAGUGUGGAGUACAUGCCGUUCUAUCUCUCACUAGCAGGCUUUGUUAAUGGUUGCAUUUGGUCUGCUUAUGCUCUCAUCAAGUUGGACUAUUUUAUUCUGAUAAGCAAUGGUCUUGGAACAAUUUUAGGUCUUGCACAACUCAUAAUAUAUGCAUUUUACUAUAGAUCAACACCGACAAAAGUUCAAGACGACAAGCCAACUGAGGCUCAACUAUCUACUGAAGUUGCAGUCUAA